AUGGCGCCGAAACAGGACACGCCGUUCCGCUCGGCGGACAUGAGCUUGGUCCAGCUCUACAUUUCCAACGAAAUCGGCCGCGAAGUCUGCAACGCCCUGGGCGAGCUGGGGCUUGUCCAGUUCAGAGACCUCAACUCCGAACUCAGUGCCUUCCAAAGAGCAUUCACCCAAGAUAUUAGACGCCUCGACAAUGUCGAACGCCAACUGCGCUACUUUCACACCCAGAUGGAGAAGGCUGGAAUCCCUCUUCGCAAACUCGACCUCGACGUAGACACCCUCGCCCCGCCCACCACCACCGAGAUCGACGAACUUGCCGAACAUGCCCAGAGCCUGGAGCAGCGCGUCUCUUCUCUUAACGAGAGCUACGAAACAUUGAAGAAGCGCGAGGUCGAGCUGACCGAAUCGAGAUGGGUCCUGCGCGAGGCUGGCGGCUUCUUCGACCGCGCCCACGGCAACGUCGAGGAGAUUAGAGCAUCCACCGACAACGACGACGCCCCUCUGCUGCAGGAUGUCGAGCAGCACAACACCGCCGCCGAUGUCGAGCGCUCCUUCUCCGGCAUGAACAUCGGUUUCGUCGCCGGUGUUAUCGGCAGAGACCGCGUCGCUGCCUUUGAGCGCAUCCUUUGGCGUACCCUCCGUGGUAACCUUUACAUGAACCAGGCCGAGAUCCCCGAGCCUUUGGUCGAUCCCACCACCAACGAGCCUGUUCUCAAGAACGUCUUCGUUAUCUUUGCCCACGGCAAGGAGAUCCUCGCCAAGAUCCGCCGCAUUUCCGAGUCCAUGGGCGCCGAGGUGUACAAUGUCGAUGAGAACAGCGAUCUGCGCCGGGACCAAGUUCACGAGGUCAACGCCAGACUUAACGAUGUCCAAAACGUCCUUCGCAACACUCAACAGACGCUCGAGGCUGAGCUCUCUCAGAUCUCUCAGUCGCUUUCGGCCUGGAUGAUUCUCGUUAGCAAGGAGAAGGCUGUCUAUAACACUCUCAACCUCUUCUCGUACGACCGGGCUCGCCGGACGUUGAUUGCUGAGGGUUGGUGUCCUACCAACGACCUGCCACUCAUCAGGUCUACUCUGCAGGAUGUCAACAAUAGGGCUGGUCUUUCGGUUCCGUCCAUUAUCAACGAGAUCCGGACCAACAAGACCCCUCCUACGUACCUCAAGACCAACAAGUUCACCGAGGCUUUCCAAACAAUCGUCAACGCCUACGGUACUGCUACCUACCAAGAAGUCAACCCUGCCAUCCCGGUUAUUGUUACUUUCCCCUUCCUGUUUGCCGUCAUGUUCGGUGACUUUGGUCAUGCCGUCAUCAUGCUUUGCGCCGCCCUCGCCAUGAUCUACUGGGAGAAGCCCCUGAAGAAGGUCACGUUCGAGCUCUUCGCCAUGGUGUACUAUGGUCGUUACAUCGCUCUGGUCAUGGCUAUCUUCUCUGUUUACACCGGUCUCAUCUACAACGAUGUGUUCUCCAAGUCCAUGACGCUCUUCGACAGUCAGUGGAAAUGGGUUGUCCCCGAUAACUACAAGAAUGGUGACACGGUCCACGCUGAGCUCCGCGAACCCAACGGUUACCGCUACCCCUUUGGUCUCGACUGGCGCUGGCACGGUACUGAGAACGAUUUGCUCUUCAGCAACAGUUACAAGAUGAAGAUGUCUAUCAUCUUGGGUUGGGCCCACAUGACCUACUCGCUGUGCUUCUCGUACAUCAACGCCCGUCACUUCAAGAAGCCGAUCGAUAUCUGGGGUAACUUCGUCCCUGGCAUGAUCUUCUUCCAGUCCAUCUUCGGUUACCUCGUUCUCUGCAUUAUCUAUAAGUGGUCGGUCGAUUGGUUCGGCACUGGCAAGCAGCCUCCUGGACUCUUGAACAUGUUGAUCUACAUGUUCUUGCAGCCUGGCACCCUUGAUGGUGGUAUCGCUCUCUACCCUGGUCAAGCCACAGUUCAGGUUAUUCUCCUGUUGCUGGCUGUCAUCCAGGUUCCCAUCCUCCUCUUCCUCAAGCCGUUCUAUCUCCGUUGGGAAAACAAUCGGGCGCGCGCCAAGGGCUAUCGCGGUAUUGGCGAGCGAUCUCGUGUUAGUGCUCUGGAUGAUGAUGACGAUAACGGUCACACCAACGGCGUUCACGGUGACGAGGGUGAUGAUUAUGAGGGUGCGGCCAUGCUUACCCAUGAUGACCAUGGUGAUGGUGAGCAUGAGGAGUUUGAGUUUGGUGAGGUGAUGAUCCACCAGGUCAUUCAUACUAUCGAGUUCUGCCUCAACUGCGUCUCCCAUACUGCUUCCUACCUCCGUCUUUGGGCCCUUUCUCUUGCGCAUCAGCAGCUUUCUGCCGUGCUCUGGUCCAUGACCAUGGCCAAGGCGCUGGAAACCACGGGUAUUGGCGGUGCUAUCUUCCUUGUGGUUGCGUUUGCCAUGUUCUUUGUCCUCAGUGUUAUCAUUUUGAUCAUCAUGGAGGGUGUGUCUGCUAUGCUUCACUCGUUGCGUCUCGCGUGGGUCGAGUCCUUCUCCAAGUUCGCCGAGUUUGGCGGAUGGCCGUUUGCGCCGUUCUCGUUUAAGCAACAGCUUGAAGAGUCGGAGGAGCUGAGAGAGUACAUGGGUUGA